AAACAAAAGGCCUACACAGCACAAGUAGUCUCAAUAGGCCCACUUCACCAUGGCAGCAAAAACUUAGAAGCCAUGGAAGAUCACAAACUCAGGUACCUAAAGUGUUUUCUUGAUCGGACUAAUGUAAAAUUGAAGGAUUAUUUCGAGAAAAUAAAGGAGAGAGAAGUUGAACUCCGUCAUUAUUAUGAAGACACUAAGAAGUUUAACAUUGCUGCUUUUGUGAAUAUCAUUCUAGUUGAUGCCGCCUUUGUCAUUGAGCUAUUGUUGAGGAAUAAAUCCGAAGAAAAAUUUCGGGAAGAAAAAUUGUGGGAUGAUAAUGCUUGGAUAUUUAAAAAACCAUGGGUGCUACAAAAGAUAUUGCCUAACAUGCUUAUGCUCGAAAAUCAGCUGCCAUUUUUCAUUCUCGAGGAUCUUUACAAUCACACAGGUGCUCAGACUGGGGAGCCUUCAAUAAUUGAACUCUCUUACAGGUUCUUCCAACAGGCACUGCUUUUAGAAAACUUGGAGAACUCACCAGCCUUCCGUAAGUCUAUUAUGCCUCCUGAUCCUAAAAAACCUUUACAUUUUGUUGAUUUUAUUAGAACUUUACAUCUACCAGAUCCAACCCUAAAAGAAAAUGUAGGGCUCCAAAGUACACCCAGCAUGACAAUACUACGCCAGGCCGGAGUUAAGUUUAACGUGGGAUCAAGCAAGAACUUAUUCGAUAUACAGUUCAAGAAAAACACCUUGGAAAUUCCAAAAAUUGAAAUACAUGAUUACACUUAGAAAUCUCAUUGCCUUUGAACAAUGCCAUUGCGUGGAUAAAUACAUAAGCGAUUAUGUUUUCAUCCUGGAUAAAUU